AUGAAGGUAAUAUCAAGCAAGGAGGAGGAAAGGAGGGCGAGGAACCCGUUAGGCGAUCCGUUGAAUGAUUUGUCGGACGAGAACGAGUAUGGCGACGAUGGUAGUGACGGUAGUGAAGAUGAGGAAGGGGAGAGAGGAUUUGUAAGAGAAAAGGGCAUUGUGCCACAAUUGGAAGAAGCAAGUAAAGCUGUGAAGCGGAAGAGACCGCGGAAACAAAGCGAGCGCGAGAGGGACUGGAUCAAGAGCUUAGUCGACAGAUGGGGAGACGAUCUCGAAGCGAUGGCAAAGGACAGUAGACUGAAUCCUAUGCAGCAGAGUAAAGGGGAUCUGAAGAGGCGGAUGUUGGAAUACCAGAAGCAUAUUAAGAGUGCGGAAGCAUAG